AUGCAUAUUCACAAGUGGCACUUUUGGGAAGGAAAAACAGUGCCGUCACAGAAACAAAUUCAACAUUAUGAAAAAAGUCAGUUACGUUCUUUUUAUGCGCCAGCAGAACUCUUGCAUCUUGUUAUGAAAAUUAGUUUCCCAAUCCAAAUUCAUUAUGACUGCUUUUAUGGAAUGAUCCUUUUAAUUAUUAGCAUUUCACCAGUUUCAUUUAUUUACCCUCACUGGAAAAUUUUAUUUGCUAAAAUGUCAUUUAAUAAGGGAAAAUGUGUAUUUCAAAUAACGUUCAUAACCAGACAAACGUUUGUCAACUGGGAAAAGAUAUUUCUGUUUGAUAAACUUUGCUGCUACAUAAAUUUGUUAAGUGGGUCACCUUCCAAUAAAAAGCGAAGCAGAAAAAUCAAGAUAAUGUGUGAUGCAUUAUUCCGUAGAAUGGUUGAUCUUCACUGUGAGGACACAACGCGGUGUAAUCGCAAAAGAAUGCUGUUCAAAUUUUUAUUUUCACUUCAACUCAGUAUCUUGCUGUUAAAAAUGACAAUAUAA